AUGUGUGAAUCAACCACCAUUGCGUCGACUGGAUCAUUUAUCUAUGCUGUCCUGGAUAAUUUAAUUCAGACGAUUUUUCAACAUCUGAGUGCAACUGACCUGUGCCACGUGGCAUCAUGCUGCCGUUGGCUACGCGAUGCAACCAAUCAGGAUUCACUCUGGCGCCAUCUUUGUCAAGGCAAAGGAUGGGAGCACUACGGCACCACCACAGACCUGGCCAAGAUACCAUCCUACGGACCCUCUGAGCAAGCAGCCGGUAAUAGUGUAGCAGGGGACGACAUCGUCACCUUCCAGAAAGAUAGGAUCGUGACGGAUGACAACACAGCGGGUUUAACCGGCACUUGCAGGUGGAAAGGCGUCUACAUGCGAGCUUACCAUCUGGAUAGAAACUGGGUUACAAAUUGCUCUCAUUUCAAGGAAUCUUACAUUGGUUUAGGAAAAAAAACCCAUCGUAAACGCUUCCAUUUUCAUGUCGAUGGGGAUCUCCUGGCAUUUCACGACGUUAAUGGAGCCAUCCAGGUCUAUGACAUUCGGAAGAAGGCCUUUCAGUGUGUUAUUCCUUCUAUGAAGUAUGCGGGCGGAAUCAACUUCAAAAAUGGCGUAAUUGUGAUAUCGAUGUCGUACCAUGGUAAUGGGGUGGCCCACGCGUUUGAUGCAAAGACAGGGAAGCUGCUACAAAAGAUAAACGGAAACUGGGGUGGUAGUCGUGUGUCUUUGUUCUUUGAUGGGGAACUGGUUAUCACCUGUGCGCAUACUGGAAUGAGAGAAAACAUUUACGUGUGGUGUGUCAAGGACGGCCAACUUCAACGCAUCCUAACAAUGGACCCUUCUUCAGACGGCGUCCGCGUUCGUGACAUUGACUAUCGGGACAAGAUGGUGGCGGCUGUCUACGAUGAUGACUACAUUCGUGUGUGGAAUGCGAGGAGCGGAGAGUGUUUGCAUAAACUAGAAUGCCCGGGAGAAAAAUCAAGAGUCACACUUGGCGAAAGUGUCAUCGUUGGUUUAAGCAAAAAAGACGGCAUGGCAGUGUUCGACAUUAGUAUUUGGAGCCGGGACACGGGAGCGUGUCAAAAGGUGAUACGUGAAAUACCAUGGCCUAUGUCUUUUUAUCCAAAUGCAGAUGUCGUAAAUAAUUUUAUACUUUCACGUGGUAUGACAGACUCCGCACCUGACCAUCAAUGUUCUUCCCUGUACGUUUACAAUCUACGUGGAGAAUUGGUAACGGAGAUGGCGAAUCAUAUCCACGGUAUGAGUAGAAACGGAAGAAAUCGCGUCUUCCUUGUAGACAACGAGCCGUUUCAAGGUGAAGUGAAAACAUGGAAAGAGAUUACUUUCAACGUCACUCCUAAUAGCUUCGUACGACUCUUUGAUGUUGGUUGUAGCGAAAUCAGCUGGAUUGACGACAUCAGAAUGAUCAUCUAUGACAGAAUGGAGAGGAGAUUUCUUUUUCAUCAUUACUGGUGA